AUGGCGGAAAUCCUUCCCAAACAUGGAUUCCAUGUUGAAGUAGUAGACGUUGGGUUGAGACCAGAAUGGUUUCAGACCCCCCCGGUCAGAGAAAAACAUCGACAUCAGUAUCCACUCCGAUCUUCUUCUGUCCAUAAAAUCAAUUUCAUUGAAGAGGAUUUGGAGUAUUGGGAAGUUGAAAGUGUGCAUUCUGACAAUCUAAACAUCUCCGAGGGUCGAGAAAUGUCUGGUCCUAAUGGUGAACACUCAAGUGCAGUCCGCGACGUAUUUGGCCUCUGUCCCAGCACCCUCAUCAAAGUCCUUUCUCAGUGUCAAAGGCUUUCAACGCUCUGUCUCAAUUGUCUGGAUCGGUUUCGGGUACAUCGUACAGCGAAAGACUUACAUAACCUCAAGGACAAUCUUAUCUCACUGUUUUCUGAUCUUGGAGAACAUAAGAAGGACGGUGAAAUUUCCGAGCCAAGUCGGGCCAGGCCAAACCGAGCCGGAAUCGAGCGAGUAUCCCAUGAGACGCAGAAAUCCCACCCAACAUUCCAUUUAUCAACAACGGAGACAUUGCACGGGACGAUGCAAGGUCAUCAACUUACCUUCACCCUUAUUUUGAGCCUUGAGUUGACCGAAAUGCCUGCCAAUACUCGCCCUACAAAGAAAGCGGCCAAAAAAUAUCAACUUGUACCUCUUCAACCCCUUCAACCUUUACCUUUCCCCCCAAUCAAAGACCACAAGACAGGACUUGUUUGCCUCAACAAGAAUUGUCAGCAAAGACGUCCUCAUUCUACUAUUUAUUAUAUUCCUCAGCCACAUCGAAAUCCCAAAGUUGGAAUUAAGUGCCACUACGACAAAGGCUACGUUCGAACUUAUCAUCGCGAUAAAUUUCACUCCGAAAUCAUCGAAAUCAACUCCGCUCUAUCCUUAUCCGCCUAUCUGCCUAUGGACUUUAGCAGGAUCAUGAAUGAUGCGCAACUGCCGUCGCCACCAGCGACCCAACAAGCUACUCAGUCUGUGAAACCAUCACGCGGCAAGAAGUAUCACCCGUGCGAAGGAGUCAACGGGCAAACUGCAGAAGGACAUAAGGUGCAACGGAACAAUCAAUGCAGCGUAAAUGCCUGCUCAGAGUGCUGCUACCACCUCAACCAUAAGUCUGCAGGGUGUUCUGUACACACAAACCAGCGUAAGACAAAACCCAAGGAAGCGAGCAUCACCACGAUCAACUCCCAAACUCACCAAGCACCGCAGGCCGGCGACGACAAUGAACACGCCACACCAAGUGGCCAAACACAGGGUAGUCGCACAUUCAUCGAACGUCUCCCUGCUUCCGAUUUCAGAAACUUUCGCACCACCUCAAUCCAGAAACAGGCAACCGAACGAAAAAAAGAGGAACGUCUAAAGGCAGCUAGCAACAACAUAACAAUGGUGGUUUGGCCUGAAGCCGAUGUAUGUCGUGUGUUUCGAAUAUAUGUACCUGAAUGGCCAACGUUUGCCCUUCACGAAUCCGAAGACCUCAAGACUCUGGUUCAUGAGAAGUUUGGUGAGGACUGGAAUGGCAACUUACGAGUUUGGCACGUUGACAUACAGGUUUGGGUUGACAUGCGGAUGUCCAUGGUCGAAUCCUACUCAGUUGGAUCUCCAUCGCUUGACUCUAACAGACUCCUUGUUAUGUUUCCUGGACUCGACGAGUUUGAAUGCAAAGAUAUGGACACUCACUUACUACCAGUCAAAAAAGUGUCCAAGGGUGUAAUGGACAUACGAAGAUUCCUUUCACCACGCCAACAGGAGACUCGACCUGAUGUAUCUGAACAAGUCAACCUCAAAAACCUCCAUGUAAUCAGCAGUGACGAAUCAAGUGAAGACGAGUCCAAUAAAACAGUAGCUCGUGACCUUACCGAUACUCAAAGACUGAGCUCUGCUAGUCCUACUCCGGCUCCUCGCCCUUCCGCCUCCACAAAACCUCCCCAGCCUUCAACUCCUCCCCAGCCUUUGACUUCCAACACUUCCGAAAAUGAGAAAUGGCCUCAUGGUGUAUUGAUGUCGGACAUGAAGAGAUUCAUGGAUGAGAAAAAGAAAUACUCUUAUCCAGACGCUUGGAACAGGGUAUUUGGCAAACCGUACAAAUAUGCACGUUCAACGGUGUCUACCUACGGGCGAUGGCUUGAUGCAAUCACUGAAGCCAGAUUGACCCCUUACACAAUUGAUAACCCCGAUCAUACAGUCAAAGAAGGCAAACAUCACUUUAAAUUGGAAUGGGAUAACAACAAAUCCAAGAAGGCAGAUACAGAAGAUACAGAAGGUACAGAAGGUACAUCUAACUCUAACUCUAACCACUCUCGUCCUACAAAGCGUGUCAAGUUACACAAGCACAAUCAUCAUACUCCCUAA